UACCUAGCAAUUGGGAGAUGCUGCGAGGCCCAGCCAAACGGUUGGAAAGUGCUUUCUCUGAGCCGGAGAAACCCGAACUGACGGAUCCCAGGCAGAGGCGAAUCCUAGUCUCCCUUUUAACCCUCAGGAGCCUUUGGCCCCAACCCAAUCAUGACGUCGCCCCUGUGCUGGGCGGCCGCCGCCAACCGCCUGCCUUCUCAGGACCAGAUGUCGACUACUUCCAAGGCCAAGAUCAACCAAGAUCAGACCAAAAGCCGCCACCCUAGAGGCAAGGGCGCGGCACAGGCCUGGCCUCCACUCCAUUCCCAGGGACCCAUCUAUGCCAGCGGGGGGAAGUCGGCUGUGCUCGCGCAGGUGGCUGAGUUACAAAAGAAGAUACAACUUUUAGAAAGUGAUCAGAAGGCCUUUUAUGAGAGCACCCAGUGGAACAUCAAGAAGAAUCAGGAAACCAUCAACCAGCUACAUGAGGAGACCAGGAUGCUGCAACUACAGCUGACGGACCUGCUCCAGGGAGAUGAGAAAGUGGUCCAGGCAGUGAUUCGAGAAUGGAAGUCAGAGAAGCCAUACCUGAAGAACAGGACAGGACAGCAGGCCCUGGAGUACCUGGACCACCGGCUGAGUGAGAAGGUAAAACAGCGAAAUGCUCUGCGGCACCAGGUGGGGUUGCAGCAGAAGUGGCUGGGGGAGCUUCAGCUGCAGCACAGCCUGCGCGAGCUAGAGAUGGCGGAGGUGCAAGAUGGCAACACUGAGGUGGCUAAGACCUUGCGGAACCUGGAGAACCGCCUGGAGAAGGCCCGGAUGAAGGCGGAUGAGGCGGAACACAUCACCAAUGUGUACCUGCAGCUCAAGGACUAUCUACAGGAAGAGAGCCUUCACUUGGAGAACCGUCUGGACUCCAUGGAGGCUGAAGUGGUGAAGACAAAACAUGAGCUGGAGGAACUGCAUGUGGUGAACCAGGAGGCACUCAAUGCCCGGGACAUUGCCAAGAAUCAGCUGCAAUAUCUGGAGGAGACUGUGUUUCUAGAGCGCAAGAAGCGUGAGCACUUCAUAACCGAGUGCAAGAAACUCUCGGAGGAGAGAAAACUGCAGAACGAACGCAUGGAGCGCAAGACCCAACGUGAGCACUUGCUGCUGCAGUCCGAAGAUACUAUACAGGAUGGCCUACAGGCCAAGGAGGAGGAGCUUCAGCAGCGCUGGAGCAUGUACCAGGUGGAGGUGCUCUUCGGCAAGGUCAAGGAUGCCACCGGUGUGGCCGAAGCACAUGUGGUGGUGCGGCGGUUCCUGGCGCAGGGUGACACCUUCACGCAGUUGGAGACUCUCAAGAGUGAGAACAUGCAGCUGCUGCUGAGGCUGAAGGAAGAGAAGCAGCGGCUGCAGCAGGAGCUUGAAAACCUCAAGUACUCGGGGGAGGCCAUGCUAGUGAGUGAACAGAAGUUUCAGGCGAAGUUGCAGGGUGGCCUUAAUGCAGAGGAGCAGCGCAGGGCUGAGGCCAAGGGCCAGCUGGAGCAGGCUAUGCGGACAAUGCAAACCCUGAAGGAGGGCCUGGAGCACCUGGCAGGCAAGCUGAACCAUGUCACAGUGAGCAGCCAGGUCGGUGAGGAAGCCCUGCUCGGUACCUCCCAGGACCUAAGAGACAGCGCAGCACCUCAGGUAGGGUUUCUGCCCCAUAGCCCACUGAAAGGAACCCACCCCAUGCCCUAUCCAGGACGUCAGAAGACUGCCUACAAGGGAGUCCCUACCCCACAUUCCUGGGGUAACCCCUUACUCCUUAAGUGGCCCAAGACUUCAGGGACCCUGUGCUGCCUCAAGUCCCGCCCCCAGAGGAAAGUCCCACCUUGCCCCGCUGCAAUCCUGGAGCAGCCCCAGACAGGAGAAUUCUACUCCAGUCUAGAGGGAAAGCUGCCCAUGUACAACACCCGCAUCAGCCUGCCCCUUGCCCGUCCCAAGGACAAGUUCUUUGACGAAGAGGAGUCCCAGGACGAAGACAACGACGUGGUGACUCGCGCGGAGCUCAAGAUCCGUUCCCAGAAAUUAAUCGAAUCCCGAAACAAGAAGCGCAGUCGCUCUCGGAGGUCCUAGACUCGCCCCCGGGCCCACCUGGCGCCUCCAGGCCCCCGCGGAGCUCCCAACCCCUCGGGGCCCAGCCACCGGCUCUCGGGGCCUCUCCAAGGGCUGAGCGCGGCCCGGACUGGGGAGCAGAGCCGGCCGUCGGCGCGUAAUAAAUAUCCCCAGGCGGCCGCGCCGGCCUCGGAAUCACAAAAUAAAGGUCACGGACCAGCCUCCUGGUAUUUGCCUCUC